GAACUGGAUCAUAGCGGUGUGCCACAACAAACUCCGCUCUGAGCUCAUUCGUCGCGCAGGUCACAUGUCUGCUUCCCAUUGUCCGCAGAGCAGGGUGUGUACCUGGGGGGCGCUGCGUGGGCUCGGUCGGCCUGGAUGACUGUUGUCUCGUCAGCCAGCAUCCCAUCGCAUCCCAUCGCAUCGCUCCACCUCUCUGAAAGGAUGUUGAGGGCGGAGGAGAGGCCGCGCUGAUCGGAAAGGAUGUUUUUGCUGCUGUCACCGUAUGAAAUCGAGGCUGAUGCAAGGGAACGGGAUAGGAAAGACCGGCCCGAGAAAAAAAUGACUUUGUAACGUGGUGAGAAGAGUUUUUUGGUUUGACUUUCGGUCAGCAGAAAUGUCCAAAGCCAGACGUAGCGAGGCGGUGAGGGUGGUGGUCCGCUGCCGGCCGAUCAGCAGGAGGGAGGAGAUGACGAGGUGCGAAAAUAUCCUGGAGCUGGAUGACAGGUUGGGACAGAUCACCAUCAGGAACCCGAAGGCACCACCUGAUGAGCCCAUGAAAGUCUUCACGUUUGAUUCGGUGUAUGGCUGGAAUUCAAAACAAAGCGACAUUUACGACGAUGCGGUGAGACCUCUGGUGGAUUCUGUGCUCCAGGGCUUCAACGGCACUAUAUUUGCCUACGGACAAACGGGGACAGGUAAAACCUUCACCAUGCACGGGGUGUCAAACGACCCAGAGAGGAGAGGGGUCAUACUGAACUCAUUUGAGCACAUCUUUACGCAGAUAUCCAGGAGUCAGAACCAGAAAUACCUGGUGAGGUCCUCCUACCUGGAGAUAUACCAGGAGGAAAUAAGAGACCUUCUCUGCAAAGACAACUCCAAGAAGCUGGAACUUAAGGAGAAUCCGGAAUCCGGCGUCUACGUAAAAGACCUGUCCACGGUGGUGACGAAGAACGCCACUGAGAUUGAGCACGUGAUGAACAUCGGCAACCAGUCCAGGUCCGUGGGGUUCACCAACAUGAACGAGCGCAGCUCCCGCUCCCACGCCAUCUUCCUGGUCACGGUGGAGUGCAGCCAAACUGGUCCAGAUGGCGAGGACCACAUCCGCGUCGGGAAGCUGAACAUGGUUGACCUGGCCGGCAGCGAGCGCCAGAGCAAGACGGGCGCCAAAGGCAAGCGCCUGAAAGAAGCCGCCAAAAUCAACCUGUCCCUCUCGGCCCUGGGGAACGUCAUUUCGGCCCUGGCCGACGGGAAGAGCACCCACGUCCCGUACAGGGACUCCAAGCUGACCCGCCUGCUCCAGGACUCUCUGGGGGGGAACGCCAAGACCGUCAUGAUAGCGACGGUGGGGCCCUCGCACAAGAACUUCGACGAAUCCCUGGCCACGCUGAGGUACGCCAGCAGGGCCAAGAAAAUCAAGAACAAACCUCGGAUUAACGAGGACCCCAAAGACGCCCUGCUGAGGGAGUUCCAGCAGGAGAUCGCACGCUUGAAAGCUCAGCUGGAGGAGCGGGGGAUGCUGGCAAAAGAGAGGCGGAGGAAGAGGCACAGCAAAAGAUUGAGCAAAUAUAUGGAGGAGGAAAUUCUGCGAGAGAAGGGUGCAGAAAUGUGGCAGAGCGCCGAGGAGGAAGAUGGGAAGCACUGCAAGGAAGAGGAAGUCGAUAACCCAAAGGCCCUGACCUGCCAGAGGAGCAGCGAGAAGAUAAAGCACCUGAGUGUGAAUAGGAGGAGCGUGGAGGACAUGGAGUGGGAUCAGGACGCCGUGGAGAAGAUCAUAGAGAAAUAUAAGGCUAUGGAGAGCAAAUUGUUGGUUGGGGGAAAGACUAUAAUUGAUCACACCAAUGAACAGCAGAAAAUGCUGGAGAUGAAAAGACAAGAAAUCGCGGAACAGAUAAGGCGGGAAAGAGAGAUCCAGCAGCAGAUGAUGUUGCAAGAGGAGGAGACCUUAGAAAUAAGAGAGACGUUCUCCUCCCUGCAGCAGGAGGUGGAACACAAAACAAAGAAGCUGAAGAGGCUGUACACCAGUCUACGGCUGCUGAGGGGAGAGAUGAAAGACAUGAUCAAUGAACAAAUCACAACCAGGCAGGAGCUGGAGGAGACACAGAAUGACCUCACCAGAGAGCUCAAGUACAAGUACCUCCUGAUUGAGAAUUUUAUACCCCCUGAGGAAAAGAACAAGAUUAUGAGCAGGCUCCUCUUUGAUUGUGAGGAGGAUCAGUGGAGUCUCCAACCAGUCCUUCCAUCAGAGAGCACACCAACUCAGGUCAAGAGAAGGCCUCUCUCUGCCGUGGGAUAUAAGAGGCCGAUCAGCCAAUAUGCACAGAUGGCUGUUGCCUCGGCAACUGGAGCCCCAUCCAGAUAUCAGGCUGAAAAUAUAAUGCUGUUGGAGUUAGACAUGUCACCACCCACCAUGUUCACCUUGAACCUUGAUGGUGCCCACAUGGAGAGAGCCUUUUCUCCGAGGCUAUUGCAAGACCUUCUUGUGAGCGUGCCCGUUAGAGAGAGGGCCGCUUCAACAUCACGAGUAUCAGGCACCACAAGCAGCAUCUGUGACAUCCUCUUCAUCAUCCACUACCCUGACAUCAGGACCUCAGAGUUGCUCUCCUCCCCAGAGGCAAAGACCAUCCUCUGCUGCUUAUCUUUCUCUUGGAGGACGUCCACGAUGAGGGAGAGACAGAAGAAAAAGAAGGGGAGGACAUGGGCGGAAGCCGCCAAAACGGUUUUGGAAAAGUACCCUAAUACACCUAUGAGCCAUAAAGAGAUCCUGCAGGUGAUCCAAAGAGAAAGGCUUAAAGAAAUAAGUGGUACAUCACCACUUGCAUGUCUAAAUGCAAUGCUGCACACAAACUCCCGUGGUGAGGAGGGGAUCUUCUACAAAGUACCAGGCAGAAUGGGAGUCUAUACGUUGAAGAAGGACAUCUCAGAGGUGGCGAAGGAGCUGUCAGAGGAGGGCUCAGACGACAGCAGCGAUAAUCUGUCUGACACUCAGAGCAUAGAAAACAGUAGUGGCAUCUCUCAAGAGGGCCGGAGAGGAAGGUGGAUGCGAAGAGGUACAGUGGAAGUUCCCUCCAAGCUGCAGUCACAACCAUCUUCUCCGCAGCCGCGGUGCUCGUCGCCUCCCGUCACAGCUAGCAAACUCAUUUCUCCCUCUCAGAAACACAGCAAGAAAGCUUUGAAACAGGCCUUGAAGCAACAACAGCAGAGAAACCAGCGCAGGCAGGUUGGAAUGCCAGCUGUCUCCAGUCCGAGACUGCUUCUGAAGACCCUCAAAGAUAUGACGGAUAACAUUACAACAAAGACUGGGCAGAUAAAACGUACCAAGUGUAAGAUUGACGUGGAGACACCAGACUCGAUUUUGGUUAACACCAACCUGAGGGCACUCAUCAACAAGCACACCUUCUCUGUCCUGCCUUCAGAUUGCCAACAGAGGCUCCUCAAACUCCUGCCCGAAGUGGACCGCCAGGCCUGCUUGGAUGGUCUUCUGAAGGUCACUAGCUCUGCGUUAAACAAUGAGUUCUUCACGUCAGCAGCACAGUCCUGGAAGGAGAGAUUGGCUGAAGGGGAGUUCACUCCGGAGUUGCAACUUCGAAUGCGUCAAGAAAUUGAGAAGGAAAAGAAAGUUGAGCACUGGAAGGAAGCCUUCUUUGAAAACUACUAUGGGGAAAAUUCAGGGCUCAGCUUCGAAGAAUCCAAGGAGCUGACAAAAGCUGAUCUGAAUCAGCUUCAAAGGGCAAGGCCUGUUACUCAGACUCAGGAGGACACCAAGCACACCAAGACCAGUUGGCAGACUGAUGGUGCUCUGAAAGACAUUAAAGCAACACAGAGAUCUCAGGAACCUCUGAGGGCAUCGCCAGGUCAGAAAGGGUCCGUCUCCACCUCAGAGCCCAUGAGGACGCGGCGGUCUCAGUUUGCUGAGGAUUGUAAAUUGAACACAUACGGACAUUCUGGAUCUUCAGUUGCAGUGAGAACGGCAGAAGCUGAGAAGCAGGGUUCAGCACGCACACCUCCUGAAAAAGAGCAGAAAGAGGGUACAGAGGAGAAGAAAGCUGAACUACCUCAGUUACCUGUGAAGGAAAGUCCCCUGUUAAAGCCCAGUUCAGACUUAAAGGAGGAUCAGCCGAUGCCUGUGGUAAAACCUGUUGUGGAGAGCGAAAAGGUCCUCUCUGGGCCUAGUGGGCCCACAGAGGCUGUGAAGAGGAAGUCUGUCAGUGAGACAGACAGUGAAUUGACACCAGAGAAAAGAUCCCGCUUGUCCUCGGUUUCUUCUGUGUCUUCUGUGUCCUCUGCAUCCCCUUCGGCCUCCUCCACAUCUAGCCCAGCUACACCAUCUCCCACAAAUCAGAGGGUUCCACCACUCAAGAUUCCUGUGUCACGAAUUCUGUCAGUUCCUGUGUCACCUAACCAAGUCUCGCCAAGGACUCCUCUCCCUACCCCACUCAGCAGCCCAGGUCGCACCGGCGCUCGCACCUUGGCUGACAUCAAAGCCAAAGCUCAGCUUGCUCGAGCGCAGCGAGCAGCGGCCGCCGCGGUGUCAUCCGCCUCAAAGGGAGCGGUGCCGGGUCCAGGGCCCGGGGGAGGCAGUAGUGAGCACAGGCAGUCGUCUCCCAGCCUCAGCCCAGCAUCCCCACAGGCGUCACACAGGCUACCGACCACCAGUAGCAGCAGCAGUCAGUCCAGCACACCUUCUCCUCGCCCAUCAGACUCUUUUGGCCACCUUAGCCCAAACCCGAUUCCGACGUCUCUCCCAGGCAAAACGGACAACAAACACAAAAGUCACUCCGCGAGCGCCGUCUGUACCGGAUCCAAUAGCAUCCAAAAAGGCUCAAACGGCUCAACGCAGCCUUCCUCCAAGCAGCAUUCGAAGGAGCAGGAAAUCCUUGCGAGUGGCGGAGCGUCAACCAGACCCAGCUCCUGCAUCCCUGCAAACAACCCACUGGUGACGCAGCUCCUGCAGGGCAAAGAGGUUCCACUGGAGCAGAUCCUCCCCAAACCGCUGUCCAAGGUGGAGGUGAAGACGUCAAACCUUCCCACCGUCAGCUGUAUGAAGACAUCCCAUUCUGUCGAGCACACGGUUGGCAAGCCGACGCCGCAGCCGCUCGGGCAAGCGGGACAAGUUGGGGUUUUCUCCGAAUACACAAAACUCCACAAGGAACUACCUGACAAGGAGACUCAGGAGCAGAUCCUGCAGGCCCUAAUGCAGAGGAAGGUCCAGCAGAGCCAGCCCUAUGGAGGUUUGGGGCCUCAGCCCACAGCCUACAAAGUGCAUCAGAUGAUGCAGGCAGAGGAGCGUCAGGACCGCCCCAGGAUCUCUGGCAGCUUUUUGCUUCGAAAGAGGGUUCCCCGGCCUGCCAUGACGGGACACUACCUGCUGAACGUGUCCACGUACGGUAGAGGAUCAGAGGGCAAGAGGCUACAACUGUCGGUCCUCCCAAACAAGUCGGCGUGCAGUCUAAAAAUCGAAAGCACGGAAGGAGAGGAGGUAGCCAAGGAGAAAGAACCAGCCAAGAAAGUUUUCUUGUCUGUUUCCGGGGUGAAAACAGAACAGCAGGGACACUCGAUAACCAACUCAGACGAGACCGCAGGUUCUCAUCAACUCUCCGGCAUAAAGACGGAGCCUGAGCCCGGUUCAGAGGACAAUGCAGCGGGCGGGCAUGAAAACAGCACCAGCGCCAAAGCCAAAGACGCCAGCCCUUUUCCUCAGUCGCGCCGAAGGCACCUCGAACACCGCAAUACGAAUCAAGGAAACUCCGAGCCAUAUCCGACCCCCGCGGACCCCAGCCACCAGCGGCCGGCCGCCUUUCAGAGCCAGAAAAGCCGCGAUAACCCGGAGCCGGCCGUAGCCUCCUGCUACGGCGGCACCAUCAACAUGUCUGUACCUCACAACCGGAGCCACAGCAUCGGAGGCACGGCCUCCUCCGCCGCCACGGCGGAGCCCGACAGCGGGGGCAUCCACGGCAGCGUCAUGUCCUUCUCAGUGACCGUCACCACCAUACCUGCCGGUCACUCUUUAGACCCCAGCGGCCAGGGAGAGCCGUCUCCCGAGCAGUCCUUCAUUGAGGGCCCCGGCAUGGAGGACGUGCAGUCGAAAUGCUACUGCCGCCUCAAGGCAAUGAUCAUGUGCAAAGGCUGCGGGGCCUUCUGCCACGACGACUGCAUCGGCCCCUCCAAACUCUGCGUCUCAUGUUUAGUGGUACGGUGA